AUGCUUCGACGUCCUGCUGGGAAGACCCUCGGGUAUCUAGGCUCCCGAAACCUCUUAUUCCCACGUCCACUUCUGUCACACGCAGGCGCCAACCUCCCCCGGUUCCAGAGCAGCUGGAGGUCCGAUAAACGCGAAGCCUUCGACGGGCAGGAUUCCGAACACCGCGAACAGAGACGGCGGCGACAUGAUGAUGAUUCAAAAGUCACAUUGGAUGUGGACUCGCUGGGAAAGCCAGGGCAGAUUGUUGUCGUCGCUGCGCGCCGCCGCCCACACUUAAACGAUCGAAGACGCAAAUCCGAACGCCGGUCCCGCGAUACGAUUAGUUCCAUUCUAGAUGAUCUUGACGAAGAAUCCUCGACUCCUAGUGAUUCCUCAGUGCAUGAGAGUAUCAAUGCCACUCGUGGGACGUACCAUAUAAGAGAAACACUACCGAAUAGCGAGUUCAAGGCGAUUUUAUCUAGGCUCAAAUCAUCUUUCACAUGGAAACAACUGUCGGAUUACAUAUCGGCGCAAAAACGAAAUUCUGACGAAGAUCAAACGAGACCGUGGACGUGGGCCCCUCAACCCAAGGGGAAAAGAUCCAGCCCAGAAAAGGCAUCAGAAUCAAAGGGGAAGGCCCGCCUUGCAGAAACCAUUGCACGAGACUGCUGGCAGUUGGUAGUGGAUGGUGAGAUUGGUCGACUAGACUUCCCUCUCUCGGCUCGGUUCAUAGGCUUGCUUGCCAAUGCCAAACACUUCUCAUUCCACGAGCUGGCCAAUCUUCAUGGCUGCAGUAUCGAUAUCAUGCAAUCCACCAACUUGGUUUCAUUGACCGGCAGACGAAACGAUUGUGAAGCCGUCGUUGAAAUCAUCUCUGAUGCAACCACCAGAACCCGUGAGGAGGAUGUUGGAAUCAGCACCCACCUCAAUGGUGAUGGGAACCAGGUCUUCACCUCCGAUUUUUUGGAAUGGGUCAACACCACAUACGGAGUGCUCGUUGAGUACAAGGCAAACGCGCCUCCAAGCAAAAUCCUCUACCUCGCCGAAAAUAAAACGGGAGCCGAGAAUGCUCGCCGGACAUUGAAUCUGGCGCUCUUCAACACUACCUCACCAUCAACUCCCUUCUCUACCUAUCUACCUGCUUCGGAACUCGCCACUGCAUACAGCUACAGACCGGAAGCCCAUGCAUCUUGGUUUGAGCGACAAAAGUCGUGGUUCCGAUGGGCCAUGUCCUCAAGUCAGAAUCAAGAGGCAGAAUUACUCGACACCCCGUUUUUCGAUAAACACCAAACUCGGCUCUCAGAUGAGCUACUGAAACUUCUCAGAAAAACCGAACUCUCGUCCAAUCUCGUCUCGACCAAUAGUCUGCAUGAAUCGGUCACAGUUACGUUCGGAAAGUGUUUGUUCAUGCAAAAGCCAUCAAUCGACAAUGCACCUAUCAGUCCUGCAGAAUUAGGAAGAUUGUCCCUCCCACGAAUAUUCACUAAGGAUGGCCCUCAAGUAACCCAGCUCAUGAACGCACUUUGGCCCGAUCUUCCAAGGAAAGAUACAGAGUCAUAUCGAUUGCGAUUGAUACCAACCUCCAACAUAUAUGAUUUCCCGGAACUCGAGGUCGAGGUGGCCACUGAAACCCAGCUGGAUGGCGAUUUCAUUAUUGAUAGCGUCAAAGCUAUUCGAGGCAGUAACAGUGUCGACUAUCUGCUCCCUGAGAACGGCUCGGACUUGCGCUUCACACGCACAAUCACUCAAAACAUUUGGCAAGAUCCCUAUUCCAAUUCGCAUGACACGAACAUGGAAGAUCAUCCUCGCAAGGUUCGCAUUGCACCGGAAGUCGAAGAAAUGCUACAGAGCAUCAGACGGCCUCUCCAGGAUCUCUUUAAUGCCACUGGGUCUCUUGGUAGCCCUGUUCCGCUAUCUACAUUCUGUCAUAUCUCCCUUCCCCAGGAACUGGCCUGUCGAUUUGACCCUCAUGAUGAACUUGAUGAUGCCAACGGCCCCGGUCAGACCGAAAAUUUGGCCGUGGAAUACAUGACCCUUCCACUGAGUGACGUUCGGGGUUCGAUUGUCCAAAAGUACGACUUUGAUGGUCGACCACUCCACUACCAAUAUUAUGACAGUGGCCCGUUCCUUGCUUCUCGUGUGAACGAAGUCUCACUGCUCAUGCCCAUUCCAUCCAGUGGCUCAGCACCAGAAAACGAAGAUUCUCAAGAGCUUUUGGACCAGGAGUUCCAUGAGUUUUAUAACACAGCAUGUGACAUGGCGUUCAAGAUCAAUGCAAGCAGAUAUGCGGAGUAG